AUGGAUCUCAAGCCUUUCAAGCUAGACAUAGAUGAGCUUAUAAAUGAUUUUGUGAAGGGCGGAUCAACUACUUUUGCAGAGUUCAAGAGAAUAUGGCUUUCUAAAAAAUUCUCCUUUAUUUUUGAGGCUAGCCCUUCCACCAACCAGGCUUGCUUUAUGCAGUCAUUAUAUGCACAUUGCAUUGGCUAUAUGACUGGUUCUCUUCCAAAUAGAGUGGGCGGGCUGUAUUGCUUGUACUGCCUUUACGAGACUCAACCGUUCAAGCCACCUUUCAAAAUUUACUUAUCUCUUGGAGACUUGAAAAGGAUUAAGAAUCUCGUUGUAGACACAAAGACAAGAGAUAUAAAAGUUGUUUCUAUUUUGGUCAAAAGAAUGCUAGAGAGAAGUGUGUUUCUUUUUGGUUCUAUGGAUGCCAAUGAAGGCUAUGCAACAGAGAGAAUAAAUGAACUCACAGAAAUACAGAAUGCUCGUGUCCAAACAGCGUAUAAGAUGUUAUUUGCAAAAACAAGGCUUGAGCAAUUCAUCCACAUGGACUUGGGAAGGGAACUUGAUGUUGAUUUGAUCAAGAAAAAAGCAGCAGAAUAUGCAGUCGCCAAGGAUCUAUCCAUCAGAGAGGCCAGCAAGGCGAUAGACGUACAAAAUGUAAAUCACAUAGCAGAAAACAAGAUAUCGAUUGGAGACACGAUGGAGAAUAUUGCAGUAGAAUGGGAUUUUCAGAAAGAAACAUUCUAUCAGCAAACAGGGUUUGGUUAUCGACCUGCUGCAGAACCUUCACAGAAUAAAGAGGCUGAAUUCUUUGAACAGCAAUGUUCUAACCAGAAAAUCAACCAAAAUGAAGUCUUUGAAUAUACUGACAGUCGAGAGGGCAACGAGAAGUUUGAAGGACGGGAACACGAUGAUGACUUUGGUAAUGAACUUGAAAACCUGCUAUCUCAACCUUUUGAAAGUGAUAAUGAAGAAGCUGAGGAUAAUGAGCACUGGGAAGAUGAGGAUGAGAAGUUGGAAGAAUAG